AUGAUAGGUUCAUCUCUUUUAUUGCAUAGGGACGGGAGCCCAAAGGAAAAGACGCAGACGUGCACAAUCAAGAAGGAAUCCGAUAAGGGCAAAGUGAAACAGUUCAUCAAACUUUUGAAAGAAGGACCAGCGGGAAGCAGUUCAUACAAUAACUUCUCGAGUUAUGAAGACGAGACUGAAGAGGAGGAUGCACCACUACCAAGAAGGAAAUCCAAGUAUGAACUGUUCCUCAAGCAUAGGGUGAGGGAAGCACAGAUUCAAAGCUAUAACGAGGAAAUACAGAGAGAAUCUACGAGAUCCUCCAGCCGGUCGUGCUCAAGCAGCUGCUUCAGCUCAACUUCAUCGCUCAACUCCCUAAAGAGGGUGAGAUUUGCGGACACCGUGGACUCUGCAUUUUGA